CAAUUUCCUCGAAGCUCCAAAAUGCAACAUGUCAUCUUCCUGAUCAGGCACUCAGCGAACUCAGACACAACUUAACCCACAGUUAACAGAACCCUAAAUCUGUGUUUCUCUCUCCUUUACAUAUUCUAUACACUCACCCACCAUGGUUCAAUGGGCAGAUGUUUUGGCAAACAGAAGCUGAAAAUGAUAUGCUAUAUAGUUUUCUGAUAUCAGUAGAUCUUAAUUUGGUUGAACUGGUUUGUGGGUGAGUGUUGUUAAUUAUCAUCAAUGGCAGAGUUUGUUGGGCCAAGAUUGUACAGUUGCUGUAAUUGCAGAAACCAUGUUGCCUUUCACGAUGAUGUCAUUUCUAAGGCGUUUCAGGGAAGACAUGGUCGAGCCUUUCUAUUCUCUCAUGCGAUGAACAUUAUGGUUGGACCGAAGGAGGACAGGCAGCUAAUGACUGGCCUCCACACAGUUGCUGAUGUCUAUUGCUGCGACUGUCAUGAGGUGCUCGGUUGGAAAUAUGAACGAGCUUAUGAAGAAACACAAAAGUACAAGGAAGGAAAGUUUAUCCUUGAGAAGUCAAAAAUAGUUAAAGAAAACUGGUAGCAGUCGGCAGCAUUCUGUUAACCUCAUGGUAUUGGUGUAAGUGUAUGUCUGCUACUACAUUUUCAUCUUGUCCAGGAAAAUCUCAUCAAUUGCAAAUAUUUUCUUGUUGUCCUCCGAUGUGCAUUCUUGUUGUUUUUCCUUGUGUGGAUAUUGUAUUGAACAUUAUUAGUUUGUUAAUAAAUUGUGAAUAAUUCUGUCA